AAUUGUUCGCAAUGGGCUUGCACGUUUUCUGGCCUGCCACGGCCUGUCUGACUCUUUUCGUGGUUUGCGUCAUAAUUGUGCUGCUCAAGUAUGGCGCGCGUGUUUGCAAAUUACGGCACGAACCAUUGCCGUCCGAUCGCGAAUGGGAGGGCAAAACGUAUUCCAGAAAAUUAUCCAUUUCCGUGGCGUAAAUAACAUACAUAAUAGAUAUAGCACUGCCUUGAAAAGAUUGCACUUGGGUCGUACAUUUUUCUUCAAAAUUCGAACUUGACAAAUGCAAAGACUGUCAAUUAACACAUGGUCACGUUAGAAAUAGAUCAGAAAUUCUUAAUAAAAAUUUAAAUCUUUUACGUGUGUAUGUUGCAGUAAAAAACGUGGAAUUAAAUUAGUGGAAUCAAAUGCAUAAAGAGAGAGAAAGAGGAGAGAGUAAUAUAUAUAUAGACCUGUUUAUACUUUUUUUAUCAGAAGAAAUGCGUGUACAAACUGGUCAGUAAAUGUACGAAUUCCAUGUUUUUAACAUGUACUUAACAUGUAAAAGAAUCUACUCUUUUCUAGGACACGUAAGUCGUACGUAUUAUAUAGAUCUGAUAUAACGAUCUAAUAAUAGUUAUGUAAGUCAGAUACUCUUUGAUAUUCCGUCCCCCAUUUACUGUGCAACAACACUGAUACAGUUUUUUACUAACAUGUAUAAGUGUCUUGUCGACAAUCAUUGUGAAACAAUGUUUAAAAACUUUGUACAAAAAAAAACAACCAAACUUGCCUUUUUACAGCAAUGUGCGUUUAAGAAAAUUUUAAUGUGUUACAUGUCCGUCCAUAUUUCUUGUUUGAUAUUGAAUUAUAUUCUUCUCAAAAUAUGAUUUUUUUUAAAGUAAUAUAUAUAUAUCGAUAAUACCGAUAUAACUGAGCUUUUAUAAAAGUUUUGUAUUUCUUUUAAUAUAUUUUAUAAAUAAAACUGAAAGACACACCAAGAAAACAAGUAAUAUAUUGAUAAUACCGAGCUUUUGUAACAGUUUUGUACUUUUAAUAUAUUUUACAAAUAAAAACUCAAAAGAAACAUCAAGGAAAAAA